UCCUCUUUCGGUUUCGUUCUGGCUGUGGACACAAUGACGAGAUUUUUUCUCGCUCUCGCCUUUACAGACAUUUACACAGACGACCCUUUUGUUUUGUUCUCCACGAAUGGCGUGUGGCAUAUGUUUUGAAAGCAUGAAUUCUAGCAGCGUAUUACGACAAUUCGUGCCUGGCUGCAUCGUCAAUUUUCUGCAGCGUUUCAGUUGUGCUGCGCCAGUCCAGCAGAUUAGUGCUCUCAUUCCUGUAAUUCAGCAUUUUGCUUUCAUCAAAACCCUAUGUCAGUCCCACUGGAUAAGAUGGAUCCAUCUCCACCAUACGUUCCACCAACACGUGUCGUGUCGGCUACGACUGGUCCCGAACCGGCGCAGGUUGUGUGCCCAUCGUGUCACGCCGAGAUCGUUACCCAAACUGAGCAAGAGGCAAACACCAAAACGCACAUCUAUGCGCUGUUGCUGUGUUUGGCCUUGUGCUGGCCGUGCGUGUGCCUGCCGUACUGCUGUACCUCAUGCCGGGACACUGUACACCGUUGCCCUCGCUGCAAAUCGUUCAUCGGUGUGUAUCGGCGCUAAAGUUUCGGCGGUCGUCGGAAGUUUUCUAUCAUUGGUACCAUUAAGUGCGAUUAACAACCAGAACAAACACCUGCAGAAGCCGGUGCAUCAACGCUAGAAAAGCUUUUUAGACAGCGUUUUAAUCUUUAAUUCAUGUAAUAUGCAGCGGUUGUAUAACAUAACGUUAAAAAGAAGAGAAAUGUGUUUCAUUAACUGACAAAAUAUAAUAAAUAGUUCUUCACUUCAACACGGAA